AUGGAGAGCGGUAGCGGACAUGGAAGAACAUUGGUAGACCUGGUUGGACAUUGGCAGCGGGACAUUACCAACAUCAUCAUUGCAUCUAUUUACUGGAGACCAUUUAAUAUGCAACAAGACAUGAUACGAAUUGAGGAAGUAGACAAGGAAAACUUAAAUCUAUUGAGGAAAAUGAACGUAAUACAUCGAUUGGGGGGAAAUGUAAUUUGUUGGAGGCCGGAUAUCAAGUACAAAUCGAGACUUAAAGGGCAGGAUCGAGAAAACGAACGAAUCGUGAAAGAGAAUCGGGAAAUACUGAAGAAAAUCAAUAAAGCGACGAGUGAAUACCUUACACGCGAGUUACUAAAGAACUGGAAAAAUCGACGAUUGAUAAAACAUAGCUUGAGAUUUUCUUCAACGAUUAAGCAACAUUCCAUUGAGUUAGGUGUCGAGAAACAAUUACUCUCUCCAAAUCGAACAAGAUGCUACUUUGACGUUGGGCUCCAGGAGGAAAACCACAAUUUCGGGAGGAUAAUAUUCGAACUGUUCAACGACAUUGUACCGCGCACAUGCGAGAACUUCGCAACUUUCUGUCAUGGCGACAACGGAUUAUCGUAUAAGCGCACUCCGUUUCAUCGUAUCGUCAUUGGGUACUGGUGCCAAGGAGGAGAUGUCACAAAGUUCAAUGGCACCGGCGGCAUCUCCAUAUACGGCACUUCAUUUAACAGUGAGAACUUUGAGCUGUGCCACGCCGGACCCGGCAUCCUGUCAAUGUGCACCGAUGACGCCGGCAGAAACGAUUCCAAAUUCAAUCUUACAUUUAAGCAUUUGAAGACGGUGGAUGGGCAUAAUGUCGUUUUCGGCCGAGUGGUUGCCGGAAUGACGAACGUUUAUAAGAUCGAGGAAUUCGGCACGAAAGCCGGAAAACCAAUAAAAUCAGUGAUCGUGUUAAAUUGCGGAGUCCUGUCGGCGAGGCGUACACACUAA